CACCUGAGAAUGGGAAAUGGAGCAUAGUGUCGACUUUUGAAGCCCUGGAAGUAAAAAUUUCCUUAUCCUGAGCUCACGCAGUGGAUCUCACAGUAACGAGCCUGAAAGAUGACUCUCCAUGCAGCACAUCUCCACAGUUCUCUUGCCACACCAGUCACCCCACUCCUGGAACAGGGAAAGCUGCUCUGAAGCUGCAUUUUCCCCUAAGGACUGUGGGAAUGCAGAGCAAAAGGAGGAUGUGAGUCUGCUGUGGGUUAAGCUGUUCUUGGAAGCCAUUCUGCCUCUACCUGAAACUACUAGAAGAAAACAGAGGAAAUGCUUCAAGACACCACAAUAGGGAAUGAUUUUUUGGAUAUGACCCAAAAAACACAGACAAUAAGAGCAAAAAUAGACAAACUGGAUAACAACAAACUAAAAAACUUCUGCGCAACAAAGGAAAUGAUCUACUGAAUGAAGAGAGAGCCUACAGAAAGGAGAAAAUAUUUGCAAAUUAUUUAUCAAAGGGUUUACAUCCAGAAUACACAAGAAGUCAAAAAAAAUUUAAAAGACCAAAAAAGUAAUCUAAUUUUAAAAUGGACAAAUGAGCUGGACUUCCUCAAAAGAAGAAACACAAAUAACCAAUACAUUGAAAAAUGCUCAAACUGUUAAAGAUCCAGGGUGAAGGCCCGACCUCCAGCGCUAUUCGGUAUAAAGGCGUCCUAGGAACAAUCACCACUCUGGCAAAGACCGAAGGGCCCGUGAAACUGUACAGCGGGCUCCCCGCAGGCCUGCAGAGGCAGAUAAGCUUCGCCUCGCUCAGAAUCGGCCUCUAUGACACCGUGCAGGAGUUCUACACCUCCGAGAACGAUACAACACCUAGUUUGGGAAGUAGGAUCGCAGCUGGCUUAACCACUGGAGGAGUGGCAGUAUUCAUCGGGCAGCCCACAGAGGUCGUGAAAGUCCGACUCCAGGCACAGAGCCAUCUACAUGGCCUCAAACCUCGCUACACGGGGACUUACAAUGCUUACAGAAUUAUAGCAACAACAGAAAGCUUGAAAAGUCUUUGGAAAGGGACUACUCCCAAUCUAUUGAGAAAUAUCAUCAUCAACUGCACAGAGCUAGUAACGUAUGACCUGAUGAAGGGCGCUCUUGUGAGAAACAAGAUACUAGCAGAUGACGUCCCCUGCCAUUUACUGUCGGCUCUUAUCGCUGGGUUUUGCACAACGCUUCUGUCCUCUCCGGUGGAUGUGGUGAAAACCAGAUUUAUUAAUUCUCCACCAGGACAGUACAUAAGUGUGCCCAGCUGUGCACUGACAAUGCUCAACAAGGAAGGACCAACGGCCUUUUUCAAAGGAUUUGUACCUUCCUUCCUGCGACUCGCCUCCUGGAACGUUAUUAUGUUUGUGUGCUUUGAGCAGCUGAAGCGUGAGUUGAUGAAGUCAAGGCAGCCCGUGGACUAUGCCACAUAAUCAGCUUCCAGGAAAGGAAAUGGCACACAUCGGGGAAUCUCCUCUGAUGGAGCAUUAAUAAAAACAAAACCCAAAACAUUCCUUUUCACUUCAUAGCAUCCUAAAAAGAUAAAUUCUGGUAAGGUAGAAAGUUUGGAACUUUCUUUCUGUUUUUUUUUUUUU